AUACAGCUCUUUACGCUACCACCGUACACUACACAUCUCCUCCAACCGCUUGACAUUAGCUGUUUUCACCCACUCAAUUGGAAUUACGGCCGCUGCUUAGAGUGGGUGUUUUGUACGGGCUCAAAAGACGUCAACAAAGCAGACUUUCUGGCGACUCUUGCUGAGAUUCAGCGCCUUACCUUCACGCGCACCACUAUACAGAGCGGCUGGCGGCGAACUGGUCUU